GUGAACGCACACUUAACUUAAUAGCACACACUAUCACCCGUUGUCAUUGCUCUAGGCACCCUCUCAAUCGGACAGCAUCCUUAACGCGCGCUCCGCUCACCGGCGCAAGGCAUCGCCUUCAGCGUUACACAGGUUCAGAUCGUCACCAUGCCCACGACAGCAAACGUGGCGGCUGCGCCCGUGGAGGCUGUGCCGCAGGAGCACCCUGCCCACCCACCGCCCUUCGUCGUGGACGAGCACUGGCUGCCGCCCAACGCCAAGGCGUUAGUCUUUGACUGUGACGGCACGCUGCUAGACAGCAUGUGCAUCCACCUGGAGGCUUGGAAGGCUACCGCCUCCAAGUUUGGCAUCCAGAUCAACGCGGCGGGUAUGGUGGAGCUGGCUGGCAAGCCGGUGCACGAGCUCCUAGACAUUUUCGCGGCGCGCAGCGGCGUAGAGGUCACGCCAGAGCUCCGACAAGACUUCUUCAACACCAAGUCCAAGUAUUACCUGGACCAUGCGCGCGAGGUUGAGGUCAUUGACGAGGUGGUUGAGAUCGUGAAGGCGGGCGCGGCGCGCGGCCUGCCCAUGGCGGUGGCCAGCGGCGGCACCCGCAAGCACGUCAUGGAGGGCCUCACCUCCACAAACCUGCUCUCCUACUUCAAGGCCAUUGUGUGCGGCGAGGACGUGCCCAACGGCAAGCCCGCGCCCGACGCCUUCUUGCUGGCGGCGGAGCAGCUGGGCGUGGCGCCGGGCGACUGCGUGGGCUAUGAGGACGCGGCGCUGGGCAUGCAGGCCAUCCGCAAUGCGGGCUACCUGGCAGCUGUGGAUGUGACGCAGCUGCCCGCCUACCCGCACCUCAAGGACUGAACUGCGCUUGCUCGGGGGAGGGUGCGGAGGAGGGCGGCGGAGGAGCGCUGCGGCGGAGCUGGGAGGAGGAGGGGGGUGGAGGAGGAGGGUUUUGAGGGGUUGAGGUGAGCAGAUAGGGAGGUGGCUCAGGACGCGCUGGACCUGGGAGGGAAGCAUGAGCGUAGAACCUGUUGGAUGCGUGCAAACAAGUGAAACGUCAGGGAGGCCCAGAGAACGGGUGCGUGCGGGCAUUCCACACAAGGAGGAGUCGUGGUCAAAGGGACUAGGACCAGGGGAGGAGUUGCACGGGCGUAGAACCUGGCAGGACCACGGGUGGUCCGUCGGCGGCUGUGCUGCUGCUGUUGAGUGGUCCAGUUGUGGCUUGGCUUGAGUGGGCGCUGUGCGUGAGAUGUUUGGUGUGCGGAGGGGGUCUUUGCUGACCUGGUACAUACAUAAAUUGUGAGGCCAGUGCAUAGGAGGUGCGUGUAAGGACACAGAUGC